CUCUCUCUAGCUAGCUUUAUAGUAUCACAAGUCCGCGCGGCAGUAGCGAGCGAAACGUCGAGCGAGUAUCAAGCCCUGAAGUCUCUCUCGAGAAUCGCUGCACACACAUACAGAGCUGCAGCCGUGUGCCGCUUAUAAGCUAUAUACAACGCGCGACUCCUCUUUUUCCUUCUCUCUCUCUCUCUGGCGGAGCAGCGCUCGCCCAACUCCGUAUUAUAAAUAUACAUAUAGGAGGAGGAUAUCGUACCGUGCAUUUAAUACAUGCACACCUCUUUUAUUCCGAGUUGCGAGUGCGUUGACUCGUCGUCGUCGUAGUAGUCGUCGUCGUCUUGUGGUGCGCGAGCUUGAUUAUCGUGAUAAUAGAAAAGUGUCAGUGCAUUCAUAUUAUAUUAUUAUUGACGAGUCGAGAUAUACAGUCGAUGUAUUGACUGAUCUCGACGCGGGUGGAGAGCUAGAUAGACGAGCCAAAUAAAGAAGAAAAAGGACAUCGCGAUAUUUUUAAAGGGACUGCUUCGUCGCGAGGAGAGAUAAACUCGGAUUUUGGCUCUCUCACCCCGUAUCAGGGAUUAAAAAAAAAAACCAUGGAGGCCGGAGGUGUGCUGACCGCCGAGCGCAGUCCCGCUCGCUCGAAUCUCCACGUCGCGUUCACGGAGAAGGUCGAGGUGAAGGAGAAAAGGGAGAAAUUCCUCACGGCCAAGUACGGAUCGCAUCAGAUGUCGCUGAUACGCAAGAGGCUCGCCGUGGAGAUGUGGCUGCUGGAGGAGCUGCAGAAGCUGUACGAAACCAAGAACAAGAGCGAAAACAACAGAGAGGUGGAGGUGGACAUAGAUGAAUUGCUCGAUAUGGAUACCGACGAGCACAGGAAAACUUAUCUACAAGGUCUGUUGGUCGAUGCUAAGAAGCCGCCUCACGAUGUCAAGAAAUUCAUAAACGAUUUACUCGAAAAGACCAAGACACUUUGAAGAGUCAACGGUGCAUUAGGGUGACUUCUGAAUAGCGGCAACUUCCAAAGUUCAUGAGACUGCUCUACUUUGGUACAACCACCACCAACGAACACACACAAACACACAAAAAUGUUUUAUCUGGAACGUUAUACACACACGUAAAAGAAGUACAGAGUACGUAUGCUCUAGCGGAGUGCAAUUUUGUUUAGAUAACGCGUCGGAGAUAAGUCUUGAAAUCGAAUGAGAGAGAGAGAGAAUUUUAUGCUAAGUAUUAAUCUGAGUCUUUGUCGGAUCAUCGUGACGCGCGUCGGGGAUACGCCGAUUGUGGAAAAUUAAAAAAAAAAAUAAUAAUGAUAAUCUUUGUGAAACAUCGUAGUAAAAAAAGCUGUAUAUGUAUCGAUGUAAAGCACUAAAUGUAGAAGUUUCUCAGUAGCGACAAAAUCGUCGGAUGAAAAAAAAAAACACACACAAACUGCCUAAUAUUCGAGAGUUAAGCCAUAAAAAAAAAUCGAUGCUUCUGUUUUCAAAAAAAUGAAAUAGCCAAUCGUUAUACAUAAUCGCUCGGAGCAAUAAUUCUUAGUAAUUAAUUUUGUUACGAUUAGUUUUUUCAAAGACUGUACGACUCGAGUAUAUACUCAUGUGUAACUUCAUACAAUACUUCAUCAUUAAUGCACAAAUAAUGCAUCAUUUCGUUUUUUCGCGAUUGAUUAUACAUGGAUCAAUGGCGGCCGUUCAUUAGCUGAUUAAACGAAGUACGUAUAAUGACGAAAGGAGAAAGGCUUAAAAAACUUGCAAAAGUGCACGCACAAUAAAUUUAGUUAGGUAAUUGUGAAUGUACUUUUUCGUUCGAUCGAUCGGCUAAAGUGCCAAAAACAAAAAGUAUCGCCCGAUGCAAAAUCCCCUAUAUACUUCGAAUACGGAGUGAUCAGAAAGAUGACGAAUAAAAAUAGGGUGGCAUUAAUUUUUAUGUCUCAAGCAAUGAUCUCGGGGCGUCUAAAGAUGUAGAACCGCAUUUCAAGAGUAUACUUUUGUACUUAAAACAAACGCAUUUAAAAAUACGAGUAUAGUAGCGAUAUGCAUUUAACGUCGAUUACGUUUUUUUUUUCUUCUCUCUUGAAUUACUCAAGAUCGUCGCUUGUGUACGAACGACGACAUUAUUAUAAACGUGACUUACAUCAUUAAAUCGUUACUUUUCUUUUCCUAUAAUGAUACGAAUUUGAUCGACGUCCCAAGUUGAGAAACUUUGAAUCAGCGCAUAAACACGGACGAUAUCACCCGUCCGUUUUUUUUAAAGCCGUGAUAGAUCGUCGGAUGAUUGUUACUUUUUUAUUUUUUUUAUUUUUCCUUGUUUUGUCAUGAAUAUAUCGAUAUAAUAAGUGUGCACCGAUCCAUAUAGCCGCCUCAAAGCUUCAUUGUGAUAAAAUCAUCGAAGUAAAAGGAGAAAAAAAACAGAAAAAAAGAUACUUGCGCAUUUAGCAAUCACGUACGUUAAAUAAUGUAAAAGAAAUAUUUGGAAAUCGAAAGUAGAAGGUAUAUAACAAAAAAAAAUAACAAUAAUAAAAAUAAUUGCCGAUACAGGCAAUUUGCUCAUCUUUCUAUAUAGCUCUAUCUCUCUUUUUCUGUCUCACACAUGUGUACGUUUUCAAGCGGAAAGUGUAAUGCGCGAUUGGUUGUACAUACCAUCAUCGGAGUUAUAUUAUAAUCGUGCAUUUAUAUAUUACGUGUAUUCUAUAUAUCAGUGGAUUUGUGCAACGAGAUAAAUGGUAAAUGAAGACAACAAAAAAUUUGUAAUGCAAUUUAUAUAGCUGUAAGUAGAGUUAUGGAAUAUUUUCGUUACUCCGGGUCAAAAAAAAAAGAAAAAAAUUUUGCGGAGCCGCGUCUUAAACAUGUUCGAUUCGCACGAGUGAGCGAUAAGUGUGUGUGCAAUAAGAGAAAAAAAAUGUGAAAAAAAUUUUUCGUUCGACAUAAUGUUUCAGCUAUUCAAACGAUGUGUGUAUAAAAUAUUUUAUAAAAAAGAAAAGGCAGUAUAGCGUAUUAUUGUUUCACACGCGUUAUUCCUCCGAUUGUCGUCGUCAUUUCAUUAUUAGGCUACAUUAUAUCGUGAAAUUAAUUUUAAGGCACGUAACAUGUAAUACACAUCGCGUAUACAAAAACGCGUUGAAAUUUAACAAAAAAAAAACUUUGAUGUACUGCAUGUUGCGAUUGCGUCUAGUAUAUAUAUAUUAUUACAUAGCCAGCUGUGGACCAAACAAGAAAUUGUGAAGUUCCAUGGGAUUUUAACGAUAAUGACAUAUAUAGAAGAGUGCUAUUUUACGUGUGCGAAUGGCAUGUUUUUUUAAAAAUGACAAAUCGAAAAUAACGAAAUGCUUCCUCUUGUUUGAAUAAAUAAAACUUGUGUAUAUAGGAGUAAAUCGAUCAUAUCGUCAUUACACACAUAAUAUUAUACUCAUAUGCUGAAUUCGUUGUUUUACUUUUAUACAUGAAAAAAAAAUAAAUAAAUAAAUAAAUAAUAAGAAGAAGAAAAUGAAUCAGAGUGCUAAUAGGGGUUGUGCAUUGUUUAAUUUAUUAUUGUAAUGAAUUACACGAAAGUAUCGCCGAAUUUUUAACGUGUACAUUUAUGAUUGUGAUGUGCGACGGUGUAUGCAAAUCAGUUUUUACAAGAUGGGCAUUAAAUACGAAUUAAGAAAUUUUAAAUUAUAUCGUUCGACGUUUUGGCCAACAAAAUUUACGUGAGAUUUCUUUAACGAGAAUAUAUUAUCAACUGCGCGUCCAGGAGAAGAAAAAGAAAAAUUUCGCAUCGAAUCUCAAAGAAAGUAAUUAUGGAGAGAAAGGUAUGCGUCUCGUUUGUAGAUCUGAUUUCGUUGUAAUGUUAUUAUAGGAUGUAUACAAAGGUUUUAAAGAAAGAAUCGAUCGAGCUGUGAUAAAGAUGAUUUUUUUGUUCUCAGAGUAGAAAAUUUCAACGAUCGAUGAAAAAUAUGACGAUAAUUACGUUGUUUCGUAGAAAAUGAUUUAGCGUUUCCCGUUCGUUACGUUUUUUUUCCAUCGCGAAAGUAGGUGUAUGUAUGUACGAAAAUGACUAAUCCAACUGCAUCGCAACGUUGUGUUUUAAUAUAUAAUUGUACACAGGAUAUAUACGUAGUUGAAAAAAAGAGGAAAUAACUCAACUUGGAAUGUGUGCGCUGAUCAGUACGUUAUUUUCUGAUUUUUAAUAAUAAAUGAUGUGCUUUGUUUGUAGUAGCUAAAAAGACGUGUCAUGAAGUUUUAGAUUUAUUAUUGUAUCUCUUGUGGAUGAAGCAAUGAAAAUAGAUAAGUAUAUUAUAACUCGAAUGUCUCUUUUCUUCACAUGAAUCGAAUAAUCAAUUUUUUUCAUUGAAAGGAAAAUUAAAUUGACGUCAAGACUCGUGCGUACGAAAUUCUUUUUCACCUCUUGGGAAAAUCUAC